AUGUUCCGGAUAUUUGUCAUAGCCGUCCUCCCCCUCUUCUUCGUCUUCUCCUCUGAAAUCUUCACCUUCCUAUCCGGCGCCCUCUGCCCAUCAUGCAACUGCGAGUCAGCGAAACCGCUUCACAGGAUCCCUCGCCCCCAGCUCAGGCCAGAGUUUCUGGCGCUGGAGAACGGGACUGAUGCCAGGCUGGGGUGUGAAGACGUCGGGUAUAAGAUGCAUGUCUUUUCCCGGGAGCCGUUGGUGGUGUAUUUUGAGAAUUUUGUUUCGGCGAGGGAGAGGGAGCAUUUGCUUGAUAUUAGUGAGAAAAUCUAUACGCCCUCGACUAUCACGCAUAACGGGGGGCAGACGAGUGAUAGGAAUACCAAGGUGAGGGACUCGGAGGUUGCGCUUGUGCCGAGGACGGAGGGGGUGAGGUGUAUUGAGAGGAGGGCUAGGGAGGUGCAGGGGUGGAGGGAGGAGGUUUGGAUUGAAAGGUUGAGAGUCCAGAGAUAUAACCCUGGUGGACACUACAGCCAUCACUUUGACUGGAGCUCGGGGAGGGGUGGCUGGGGUAGGGUGAGCAGCUUCAUGGUUUGGGUUCAUGGUGAGGAGUUGGAGGGAGGAGGGACAGAGUUCCCCAGGUUGGAGCUGAGAGGUGAUAAGAAGAAGUGGUGCAAGUUCAUUGAGUGUGAAGACAAUCUAGAUGGCGAGGACUCGAAAGACAAGGGCGUGGAGACAGCUGAAGACAAGAAGGGAGCGGUGUUCAAAGUCAUACCUGGAAAUGCUGUUUACUGGGAGAAUUUCAGGUCUGAUGGAACCGGAAGAGGGUAUAACGAGACGUGGCAUGCUGGAUUGCCCGUGAAGAAGGGAGUCAAGGUUGGGCUGAACAUUUGGAGCUAUGGGAGGAUUGACUGA